UCAAAUUUCCCCCCAUUUUUUUCACCUUCUUCAAUUUUUCAUUUUAUUUUACAUAUUAGUUAAUGAGAGACCCAUGUAGCAAAUUUUGAACCUUUUCGAGGUUUUGAUUCCUGGGUAUGAUGAAAAAAUGGAUUUUGAGAGAAUUUUCUGCAUGUUGGGUUUUGUCUGAGGAUGUUUUUUUGUUAUUAUUAUGACAUUAGAGGUUGCAAUGUUUUUUCUUUGCAUUUAGCCAUUGUUAUCGAAUGCCGAUGCAAUUUUAAUAUUCGGCAUUCGAUCCAUUGUUAUUGUUGUUAUUGUUGUUCUUCAUUCAAUUCCAACAUUUCUUCAUUCUAGUCAGAAAUAUAACCUCAUCCAAUAAAUUUGAGAAUUUGAUAGUUUGAAAAUUUUGUUGUUGUUGUUGUACUUUUUGUUUUUGUUGGGUUUUUUAUUUAGAAAGUGGAAAUGAAUUCUGGGUCUGUUCCUCCCUCUGAUAAUCAUCAUUUUAGAACAAGGGAGCUUCUUGAUUUUGAGGAGGAUUUUGUAGAGAAAGAUCCAACCGGCAGGUACAUAAGGUACAAUGAAAUCUUGGGCAGGGGUGCCUUCAAGACUGUUUAUAGGGCAUUUGAUGAAGUUGAUGGGAUAGAAGUUGCAUGGAACCAAGUUAGGAUUGAUGGCCUCUUACAUUCACCAGAUGAUCUUGCGAAAUUGUAUUCCGAAGUUCACCUAUUGAAGGCCUUAAAACAUGAAAACAUCAUUAAGUUCUACGAUUCCUGGAUCAAUGAUAAGCAGAAAACCGUUAACAUGAUCACCGAACUCUUCACAUCUGGAAACUUAAGACAGUAUCGUAAGAAGCAUAAAUACGUUGAAAUGAAAGCUAUAAAAUGUUGGGCCAGACAGAUUCUUCAAGGCCUAGCAUAUCUUCACGGUCACAAGCCGCCUAUUAUUCACCGAGACUUGAAAUGCGACAACAUUUUUGUGAAUGGACACCAAGGAGAGGUUAAGAUAGGUGAUCUCGGUUUGGCAAUCGUCAUGCAGCAGCCAACUGCCCGGAGUGUUAUUGGGACGCCCGAGUUUAUGGCUCCCGAAUUAUACGAAGAGGAGUACAAUGAACUCGUGGACAUCUAUUCUUUUGGGAUGUCAAUGUUGGAGAUGGUUACUCUCGAGUAUCCCUAUAAUGAAUGCACCAACCCAGCUCAAAUAUUUAAGAAAGUUACUUCGGGCAUCAAACCUGCUUCCCUUAAUAAGGUGAGUGACCCCGAAAUUAAGGAGUUUAUCGAGAAAUGCCUGGUUCCCGCGUCUGAGAGAUUGUCUGCGGAGGAGCUUCUUAAAGAUCCAUUUUUACAAAUUGAGAGUCCAAAGGAUCCAUUCCUGCCGUCUAUUAAAACUCCAAGAGCUACAGAUAUUCCCAAGUCUCGUUCUCCGUCUAUGGACAUCGAUAAUGACUACAAACAGUUUUCCGAGAGUAUCUACGCUGAAAGCAACCAGGAAGUCUUACAUUAUCCUGUUUUUGAAGUCCAGAGGACUAAUAAGAAUAAUGAGUUUACGUUAAAAGGGACUAAAAAUGAUGAUAACUCGGUAUCAUUGACCUUGCGUAUUGCUGAUACAUGUGGUCGAAUAAGGAAUAUACAUUUUCUCUUUUACCUCGAUACAGAUACUGCCGUCUCCGUGGCCUCAGAGAUGGUUGAACAUUUGGAGCUGGCGGAUCAUGAUGUGGUUUUCAUAGCCGGCCUUAUUGAUUACUUGAUAAUGAAGCUUCUUUCUUGGAUGAAACCGUCGCACGAUCAUAACUCAGAUCAUAACUCAGCUGGAGAAAUAAGUCUUUAUAGUGGUUCUACAAAUGUCGAUAGCCAAAUCUCAAUGGCAUGCCCUUGGGGUUCUACCCGAACUAGUGUUCCCUCCGAUACAGUUAGCGGUCAAGACGGCUUUUCCGGGUUUAAUAUAAUGCCUAGAGAAGGUUUUGAGACAGCUGGAAAGAGCUGUUCUUACAAAACUGCCGAUAACAUUGCUUUCGAGGGUGUCUUUGAUUCGUCGCCUAGUUUGACUAGUUUGAUUGACUCGGAAGAUGGAUCAGGAACUUCUGAUAUAACUGUUGAUGACGCUUCGAUGAAAAAUGACAGUUGUCAUGAUUCCAAAUAUCUCGGGGUUGGAUGUUUUAAAUGCUUUAGAAGGCCGAUAACCGAGCUUGAAGCCGGGGAGACGUAUUUUGAAGACUGUAAAUCGCAGGCAGCAGAUUACAAUGUUAAUAAAAGGACUGCAAACACGGGAUCAUCGAAUAUCAGGAGCCUGUUAAGUAGCUGCUGCUUUUCUAUGCCUUGCACCGAAGAGGAUAUUGAUCUUAAGUUAAAGCUCGAACUUGACGCGAUUGAGUCGCAAUAUCAGCAAUGGAUUGAGGAACUCACUAGAAUGAAACUGGAGGCAACGGAAGCAACCAAAAAGAGAUGGAUGGCCAAGAAAAAGUACUAACAACGUAGCAGAGGCGUGUCUGGUGUCCAACACAUAUCAUCGUGUCAGAGUCGUGUCCGUGUCUGUGUCAAUGCUUAUAGUUAACUAACCUCUUUUUCCCUAUGUCGAAAUUAAUUUCAUUGUAAAGUUUAAUUUGUAUAUUGGAUGUGGCUCUUUUUUUUGCAGAAGCUGGUGUCAUUACCCUCAAUUCUCAGGAUAUAUUUUUUUCUUAUGCUUGGGAUAUAUGUUGUGGAUCUCUCAUUACAUUGUAAAAAAAUGAAUAUAAUUCAUUAAAACAAUCUUACAAUA